ACAUCCCAUCAACGAGUGAACCUGAAGGACCUCAUCCCAAUUUAUUUCCUUGUAAACGCUUUUGUCGCGGUUUACAGAAAAGGUCCUUAUCUAAUACAUAUUUACAGUACAUAAUGGCUGGCUCUGACUUUAGUUGUAUGAGAUGUACAGCAUCGAUUCUAUUUGUAAUUGGUGUGAUAUUACUUGUGGUACUUUUACCCAUGAGUUUUGGAAACGUUGAAUAUUAUCAGAUUGCAUUAGUAAAGCAAAAGUCAACUGGUAAAGUAGAUUUGUCGAGAGUGUAUUCAUCUGGAAGGUAUUUGAUUGGACCCGACUACACUUUCAAGACAUUUGAAGCUGACGCCCAUUUUGAGACUUUGAAUCAAGUCUCAACGUACUCCGCAGACAAAGUGGAAGUGACCGUAUCUUGUACGUUUCAGUAUUUUCUAAAGCCCGAGGAUUUAGCGGAUCUUCACCAGGAAUAUGACGUGUAUUACAAACCAGUAAUCAAAUCAACAGCUAAUGCGGUCAUCAAAGGGGUUGCUACAGAUAUCCCAGUAGGGGAUUUCAUAAGAAAACGAGAGAUCGUUGAGAGUAAACUGUUCAAAGCAGUUGCUGAUCGUCUGGGAGGAAAGUGUUGUAGAAAGGACUGUAAGUUGUAUAAGUGCAGGUCAGACUGCUUACCUUACCGCGACUGUAAAAAGAGUGACAAGGGUGUUUUUGUCGAGGUUCGCUACUUUCAGCUGCUUGGUUUUGAUAUCCAUUACGAUGUAAAGAGCCGUUACUUGAGACAAGUUAUCGAGAGAGAACAAGAAGAAGAAGCGAACUUUCAGCUGGAAGAAAAGGUUGUGCGCAAAGAAACAGAUCGUCAGAGAAACGAGAUAAAUAACGAAGCAAAAGAGAUUACUCAGAACUCAACAUCACAAGCAACAGUGAUUAUGGCCAAGGCCGAGGGUGCUGCUCUAGUUGAGGUAGAACAAGCUCGCAACACUGGGCUACAACAAGUCUUCACAUCCCUAGGAAUCAAAACUGAGUCUCAUAAAGCAUCGUACAUCUAUUUGUCCGCCCUUAGACAACAGCAUAAGGCAAAAAUCAAUGUCAAUUAUAAUACAUUGAUGGCUAGGGACUAAAUCACAGUAAACAGUAAUGGCGGCUUUCAUACAAUGAACAUGCUAGAUGAUACUACUUGAAUAACGUCUGCGAAGGAGGCUAGCUGGAAUUUUGAUUUACGAAUGAUCUUGUUUAGAAUGCUACAACGUAAUCAGUGUUGCUCCGGAAUUUCAUUUUCAACUAACUAAGUAAAUCAAUACAACUAGUGCAUUUCAUGGCGUUGGUAAGUGCACGCUGUCAUAGACAACUGGAGAGAAGCUGUCCCCAGGACCCCUCCCCAAUUUCAAAGACAAAUUAAUUAAAAAAAAACUUGCAAAAUAGAAAUCUUUGCGUGUCUGUGUUCUGGAUUAUUGGCGUCGAACCCCCCCUUUCUAUAUUUUUGAAUUUUAUUUUAUUUUUACGAUUCGUGAACUGCGCUUUUUGACCAACGUGUACCCAAUGCUACAAAGGUCUACAAACCCCUCUUAUAAAAAUCCUUGAUUUUGAUUCCCCCGUCUUUACUACUUACAUAAAAUAAAUGUUGCAGAUUGAACUAUAUAGAUUACGCGAGUUGCUUAUUUUAAUAAUAAAAUAAAAUACAUACA